UUACACAAAGGAAAUUGUUUGCCAAUGUGCUCAGGGUCAACAGUCUCCAUUCCUCGAUCCAGCAGAGCCAAACUUGCUCAUUAUGGCCUAAUUGGGAAAAUCUCCUUUUCAUUGGAGUGGUGUGCAGUGCAAAUGAAAGAAGAUGUAUCUGCUCUUUUCAGAAGUACAUUUGGUUUGGCGGAAAGCCAGUUGUUUCCUUUUGAGUUCUUGAGCUCCUUUAGAGGAAGUAAGAAACUGAUGAAGCCCAACGUCAGCAACAAUUUCUGGUGGGGAGGAAAAGAAGUGGCAUCAAUAUGUUCAAAAAACGUGUCUGUUCAGAAUGGCGAGAAUGCAUUUGUCAAUGCCACAGGUAUGGUAUCUUCAGAGUUUAUAAAGCUAUGCUUCUGUAAAGGAACGAAAGAUUUAUGGUGGUUAAAAAUCCUUUUCUGUUCUGAACAGGCAUAAAAAUGUCACAAAGCAUGUCAACAGUGGCAUGUUGGGUCACAUUUGAAUGUUCUGUCAAAUGUUUUGUUUUUUUCUUCAUUUACUUUUGAGUUUUCUUAGCUAAUACAAAACCAAGUAACUACAUCUUUGAUGUUUCUUUUCAAGUUCUUAUCCCUUGUCAUUUCAUGGAAGUUUGUUUUGUUGUGUAGGAAGAACAUGAAAUACUGCCAGACAGUGACUUUGAAAGUCCAGCACCUCAGAGAAGGAGAGGUAAGAGACAAACCAAAGAAUGAACGAGUGAACAGAGUGGUGGUGAGGAUGGAGUGAGUGCUUGUGGCGUUGUUGUCAUUCAGUUCAAUGGAGCAGUGCCGUACAUUCACAGAUCUGAUGUUAGUUGGCACAUUUUUAAUGCAGUGAGCCGGAGACAGAGAAGGCAGAGGAGGGAAGACCAAGAAGGACAUCAGGAGGUCGAAUCCAGUGGCCAGUUACACCUGGAACAAGAGAAAGUGGAUGAAGGGUGUAAAAGCACUGAGAACUCUCCUCACUUGUCCGACUUGAUCCCCACUGGUCUAGAGGAAGAUGGAGAUGACGAAGAGGCCACAGGAGAAAGUCUGCUGCAGGAUUCUGUGAAUCCAUCACAAGAUUUGAGAUCAGGCAAAAUGAUGAGCAAGGAGGAAAUAACAGAACUUUUACAAGAUCAUAGUAAAAGGGUGAUUACUCGGGGACACAGAAAAAUAUUCAUCAGUAAAUCAGAUGUUUGGACUACGGCCUUCUGGCACUUUCAACGGGACAAAUUUGUGAGGAACCACACUAUGGUCAGCGUCUCAUUUCUACGCCAAUCAUACAGUUCUCCCACAUAUUGUGAUGAUGACACUAAACCAUCUGAAGAAUUUUUUCAUCUGCUUGUGAAAGCAAUCUUUGAAGACAGCAGAGCCUUUGAAGAGUCACCCAAUGGUUUUAUACCAAAACUGAACAACAGUCAUAUGGAAAAGGGAGUUUACCAGACCAUUGGGAAGAUGAUGUCCACCAUAAUAAUCCAGGGGGGUGAGCCCCCAGCACUUCUAGCACCUUGUGUGGUGGACUACAUUUUGACUGGAGAUGUCCUCCAAGUGAAUGCUACACCUGAUGAUGUCUCAGCCUCUAAGUUAAGGGAAAUACUGAAGAAGGUGGAAAAAUCGAGCACAGAAAGAGAGCUGGAAGAUGCAGUGAAGCGGUGCGACUCUUGGCGCUUUGAGGUGGAAGGUCUUCCAAACCCAGUUAAUAUGAAUACUAAAGAUACUUUUGUGAAGAAGGCAGCCCUCUUUCAUGUAAUCUUAAAAAGACGAGCUUGUCUUGAUCAGUUAAUCGAUGGACUGUCAUACUACGAGGUACUUACACUUUUCAGAGAAAAUCCUUGCAUGCGUAUUUUUCUUGAUUUGCCUAAAAUGGAGAAGGAAAUAACUGCAGAUGAUGUAGCAGGCGUUUUUAAACCACGGUUUUCUGCUCUGGGAUGUCCCAAACGACUAAGUGAGGAGAUGAUAGUGAUAAAAUUUCAAGAAUUUCUUCACUCUGUACAAGAUAAAGAACUUGAGGAGAAACUUAGCAGCAGGACACUGACCAAAGAAGAGAAGACAUUCUUGGGAACAUUGCGCCCUGUCCACAUUCUUCAGUUCGCGACAGGGAAAGGCAAAAUUCCAGCUUUUGGGUUCAUUCCACAUCCUGAAAUUAUAUUUCUUGAUGAUGAAACAACAGGCCAUCCAAAAGCAAACACCAGUAGAAAUGAGCUUCAGAUUUGUGUCAAUUGCAGAACCUUAUCAGAUUCUGAUGAAUUUGAUUAUUUCUUUGUUGAAGCUUUGAUGAAUAGUCCAGUGUGCAGUUAAGGUCACUGUAUAGAUAGAUGAAAUACAGAAAUGCGUGUUGAUUCAGCCAUCUGUGUUCUCUUUUCCUCAAACAAUAGCAAACAAAAUUAAGGUUGUGCAAAAAUUGAACAAUUCAGAGUUGCUUUUUGUAAAAUUUUGACAGCAUUUGAUUACAGGUAUUCUUCUCAAAAUUCAACUGCAAUUUUUAUUUUUUUCGCUAGUGCAUGUAACAUGAAACAAAAGGCAUCCAUAAAGAGUGUAACUGUGCCUAUGAAAAAUUAGUUGGCUACGUUUUUUUCCCUUGUAAGUCCUAAUUAUUUGUCAGUAAUCUUGUUACACGUAGCCUCUUGAACUCUCUGAGGCUACGUUUUUCAUUGUUAUGACCAUUUUCAAGAGGAUCAACUGUCUAGGAAUGUUCAUGUAAAUCCCACCUGCUCAAUGGGCAAAAUAAAUGAUUG